GACUAAUCUAACUGAAGCACACAUCAACAUCAUCACUGUUACUUCCCUUACGCUCUCUAACUUUCAAAAACCGGUUCACAUCUUUCAAGACCACUUUCCAAACAACUCAAUAUGGACGUUGACCCUCACACCACAGAAUUACCUUCCUCACCUUCACCUGUUCCAACCGGCCUUGAUUCUCAACCCUCUUCAGUGCCAUCUUCCUCGAUGCAAGCUCCCGUCAUCUCUAUGUGUACAGCCCCAAAUCAGGACGUCCACCUUGAGGAAGUCAAGCCACAUUUCGAACUCGAACUAACGACAAGAACUGAUGAAUCAAUCACACCCAAAGAGAACUCCCUGACGUUGGUGCCUAUGGGGGAUCAAGACCGCAAUCUAGCUGAGGCCGGUGAGGAAGAAUCCUCUCAACAUGAUCAAGCACUAACUCCCAUCGAUCAAACCCAUCGCCCUGGUCUACAUCCUCUAACGCCCUCUAAAUCUCCCGAUUCGACUUCUUCCUCCUCUUCUUCUGAUUCGAUGACAGGGGAUGAUGAUGUAGAUGAUGACGGGUUCUCAGACGAUAGUGAAAACGAAGAAGUCGAGGAUUUACAACUUAAAGACCUUUCACUCCUCGAUUCCGAUUGCUCACUUCCACCUCACUCUACCCCUUGUGUUACAUCUACUACCUCACUUACUACACAACGUCAAUCAAAGAAAAAGAAGGCGGACGCAAGACUUGCAGCCUGUACGACACCUGGGCCUACAGCCACUUCAUUUGGAUCGGGAGCUCGAAGUGAACCUGGACCACCGAGGAAAGCGAUGGGUCGCAAAAGAAGUGUAUCGGGUCUAGUUGCUCUACGAUAUCGUUCAACUGGACGAGAUGGAAAGAUUGAUGAAGAGGAGCGUGGGAUGCUUGCACUUGAUUUAGAUGCUUAUAUCAAUUCGAGUGAUCAUCGAGAAACCUCAGAAUCAACCCAGCCCUCCGGACCUCUGUCACCCUCAGCUCUGUUUCCUACUCUACUAACAACUACUCUGGACACUGAGAAAUCAAAGAUGAAGAACCCUCAACUUCUUACAAUUGAUACACUUCCUCAUAGAUCACAAUGGGUUGUGGGAAGUGGUACCGGACCUGGUAACGCUCAUCGAGGGUUCAUACCUGGUGUUCUGAACGACUCCUGAUGAUAUUCUGUUAACCAUAAUUUACUUCUCUGUCUUAUCUUUGGUCUGAGUGAGAUCUCUCUUUGACGUUUCUUUUGAUGAUCACCACAUGACAAAAUACACUAAAAAAAUCUGUUAGACGUUGUGGUUUAGGUUAUCUUCUUUUUUUCGAUGCUUUAGCUCCUUACUACACCUGUUAGUUUUCUGAAAUUGUUUUUUAUAGUUUAUGUUUGUUUGUAUGCAAUUCGCAAAAAGAUAUGAAGGGGGAUGAAAUGUUGAUUGAUAAAAACAGAUUGAUUGUGGUU